AUAGAGACCAUGGAAAAGUAAAUUAACACUGUUAUCUCAUCCUCUAUCUCCAUUCUUCCACCGCCGCCGUUAUCUCUUCUAAGCUUCAAUGCUAUUGGGUUUGAUUGCGUCUCCAAUUUAUGUUCUUAUUCCUGUAGAUGAUGAACCUCUUUGCACAUCUCAAAGCACCUUCUCACAUUGAUUUGAACUCAAUAGACCUGCACACUCAAGAGGUAUUCUUUCAUCCAGUUUGUUCACAUAGUUUCACCAAAAAAUUUAAAAUAGUUGGAUCUAUUAGAAAAAUGUUUUGUUGAAGUUGAUGCAAAUAAAAAGUCUAACCUAUCUACUAUAAUUGCCCUAGAGGAAAAAGGAAAUUUAUUGGUGGUAAGGUCCUCUAAAUCCUCAGUUUUAACUUGGGUCUUUGGCAAAAUGUUCUACAUUUCUACAUUUACCAAUUACCAUUAUCAACUUCUCUCAAUAGAGAACAAGCUAACUGAAAAUUCAGGUUCAUGCUAAUUCAGUUUCUAUCCUCUAUAUGAUUUUUAUUUGUAUAUAUUAUGUUAGCCCAAUUGUUACACAAAUAAUUAUUUGUUCAUCACUGAAUGAUUAGCUCAGUUAUAUAAUAGCUACUUUAAUCAUGAUGGAUAUAAAUGUUUUCGGUGUCCACAUAUCCAUUAUGAGUUGUAGCACUCAACAAACAUUCUAGUUUUUUGUGCACUUUUUAAGGAGUAUAUAAAGUGCACUUCUUUCAUGUCUGUAUUUACACACAUAUGCAACCAUUAAAAAACAUUUAUUUAAGCUAUAAAAUAUUGUUGUCUGAAAAAUUAUGGAUCCAAAUCCACCUUUUUCCCUUCACCAUCCAAUAUUUACUAUCUUUCUCCUUUUUAUAGCAACUAAGGUGUUAUGUACUUUCACAGUUUCACAUUGUAAAUGAGUGUAAGCAUGGUUUUUUAUUCGUACUUGUUGAAAGAAUUAUUAAAAUGUAUAUAUUACCAAAAUUGUUGCUCUUUUGUUUCAUACUCAAUUAUCUCUUAAAAACUGAUAAAUGUAUUUAUCAGUUCAAUCUUCAGCACAAAUACAUUCCACAUUGUCUUAUUCAAUUAUCUCUCAUAUUUUUUUAAACCCCUUUUUAGAUUUUCACUUCAAUUUUUUUGUUAUCAUUCUAAGUUUACAACUUUCUUGUCAUGUUUUUUAUAAUUCAAUUAUCUCAGCGAAGAUGUGCAAUACAAUUAUACGUAGACACUCAAUUAUUUUUAUCUUUCAGGUGAUUUUGAUCGUUUUUUUAAAUCGCUUGAAUAUUUUAUCUUGCCUAAACAUUUGUCAAGAAGAAUUCAAGAAAUCAAAACAAUGAGUUCUUGACAAAUUUACCUUUAAAUAAGAAAACUCUCAACACAAUUUCACUUUUUAAUUUCUUUGAUCCAAAAUAUUGAGAAAAGCUUGACAAUAAAUAAAGAGUAAGAAAGUUCAUGUGACAGUUUUACCAUUUGAUUUUUUCGAUCCAAAGAACUGAGAAAAGCUUGAUAAUACAUCAAGAGAUACUCCAUAUUAUUAUAGACAAGGGGCCCAUAAAAUGUCAGCGCCGAGCCUAAGCCUGAGUUAUAACUUUGGUCUUUGGUGAAAUGUUCUAUGUUAACAAUUAUCAACUUCUUUGAACAGAAAACAAGUCAACUCGUUAUCGUACAAAUUUCCUAACCAAAAUUUCAAGUUAAAGCUAUUUUAGUUACCAACCUCUAUAUGUUUCUUAUUUGUGCAUACUAUGUUAACCCAACUGUUACACAAAUAAAUCUCUGUUUUUUUGUUGAAUGAUUAGCUCAAUUAUAUAAUAGACCUAUUUAAUCAGUAUGAAUAUAAGGGUCUUGAGUAUCGACAUAUCUAUUAUUGGUAGUAGUUCUCAACAAAUGUUGUGGUUUUUUGUACACUUUUUGUAAAAGUAUAUAGAGUGCACUUCUUCCAUGUAUGCAUUUAAACGCAUAUACAACUAUAAAACAACAUGUAUUUAAGCUAUAAAACAUUGUUGUCUGAAAUAUUUUGGAUCCAAAUCCACCUUUUUUCUACACCAACUAAUAUUUACCACCUUUCUCCUUUUUACGUGACUAAUGUGUUAUACACUUUCACACUGUAAAUGAGUAUGAAGUUUGGUUUUAUAUUCAUACUUGUUAAAAGGACCAUUAAAAAUGUAUUUAUAAUAAAGUUUGUUGUUCUUUUGUUUUUUUACGAACACUUCAAAGCACAUUUUCUUAUUGAUUUAAACUCAAUAGACCUGCAGACUCCAAAGUUUUUUCAACUCUUUUGUUCACAUAGAUUCACCAAAAAAUAUAAAAUAGUUGGUUCUACUUGUAAUUUUUUUCGAAGUUGGUGGAUGCAUUUAAAAAGUCUGUGAUCUCGACUAUAAUGACCUAGUUAGUUUUGUCUCUUAAGUGCAUGAGUGUACACUAUAAAUGUGCUAGAAGAGAACAAAUUGAAUUGGUGGUAAGGUCCUCUAUAUCUUAAGUUAUAAUAUGGGUCUUUAGUGAAAUGUUCUAUGUUUACCAUUAUCAACUUCUUUCAAUAGAAAACAAGUCAAUUCAUUAUCGAACAAAUUUGCUAACUGAAAUAUCAAGUUAGUGCUAAUUUAGUUACCAACCUCGAUAUGUUUUUUAAUUGUGCAUACUAUGUUAGCUCAACUGUUACACAAAUAAAUCUCUAUUUUUUCAUUGAAUGGUUAGCUCAAUUAUAUAAUAGAUAUGUUUAAUCAUUAUGAAUAUAAGGGGCUUCACUAUCCUCAUAUCUAUAAUGGGUAGUAGUUAUCAACAAAUGUUGUGGAUUUUUUGUGCACUUUUUAUUAAAGUAUAUAAAGUGCACUUCUUCCAUGUCUGCAUUUACAUGCUUGCAUAUAAGCAUGUACAACCAUUAAUAACAUGUAUUAAAAACUUUCACUCUAAAUGAGUAUGGAGUAUGGCUUUAUAUUUGUACUUGUUAAAAGGAUCAUUAAAAAUGUAUUUAUAAAAAAGUCUAUUGCUCUUUUGUUUUUUACAAACACAUCAAAGCACAUUUUUGUAUUGAUUUAAACUCAAUAGAUUUUCCUUUAAACAAAAAGACUGUCAUGACAAUUUCACUUUUGGAAUUCUUUGAUCCAAAAAACUUAAAAAAUAUUUGAUAGGAUUUCGAACGAAGUUAUCCGGAAUUAGUUAAUACUUCCAUGUUGAAAUUAGUUCCCAAAAUGUCUUUUGGCUUGAUUAACCUGCUGAAAUUAGUUAAUACUUCCAUGUUCAAGGUAUUGAUAAAAACUUUAAAAAACUGAGUUGAACACCUUUAUAUUCUUAACAGUGUCAUAUUCUUUAAAAGUGCAGCAUUUAAAAAACUAAUGCCCAUUAUCUAGGCACACAUUUUGUGGACUUCUAAAUGACAUGAUUUGUUUUAGCUUGAUGAUUUCAAACAGCUAAAUGCAUAAAAAAAACAGAGGUCAACCGGGAGAAGUAUAUACUAUUACUAAAUGCACAAAAAAACAGAGGUCACUUUGAUCAUUUAAAAUCUUGAAAGAAGAAUUUUCACUGUCAUUAAGAAAAAUAUAUGCACUCUGCUUACGUGCUGGUGGUGUGUAAGCUUGCUUUCCAAACUUGAAUUUUGCGCACUCUCCAAUCCAGAAGCUUUUGUCUGCAUUUGCCUCGUCACCCCUUUUAUUUUGGUAUCUGGGAUAGUACUUGAUGUCGAAGUCAUCACAACCGGUUAAAAUCAGACCUUCCUUUGUAGCUAUUUCUUCAAUCCUCCACAUGCUGUUAGGGAGUUUAAUUUUGUGGGUAAUGUGUAUUUUGCCUUGUGCAGCCAAGAGUGUGCAAGCAUUUUUUAGAAAGCCUCUAACUAGUUUCCUGUGAGACCUGUUAAAAGAAGCAGAAAAAGGCCAUAAAUGAAUAGAUGAUUGAUCACUAAAGAAAUAUUUAUCACACAUAAAAUGUUCAUACUCUAUAGCACGUUCACUAGACUCAGAGCCUUUGUCAAAUCCAGCAUGUGGAAAAUUAUAAACAAUAUUGUCGAAUUGUUUUCCUGCCAGGAAAACAAUUCGACAAUAUUGUUUGUAAUUUUCCACAUGCUGGAUUGGACAAAGGCUAUGAGUCUAGUGAACGUGCUAUAGUGUAUGAACAUUUUAUGUUUGUGAUAAAUAUUUCUUUAGUGAUCAAUCAUCUAUUCAUUUAUGGCCUUUUUCUGUUUCUUUUAACAGGUCUCACACGAAAGUAGUUAGAGGCUUUCUAAAAAAUGCUUGCACAUCUGCACAAGGCAAAAUACACAUUGCCUACAAAACUAAAUUCCCUUACAGCAGGUGGAGGAUUGAAGAAAUAGCUACAGAGGAAGGUCUGAUUUUAACCGGUUGUGAUGACUUCGACAUUAAGUACUAUCCCAGAUACCAAAAUAAAAGGGGUGACGGGGCAGAUGCAGACAAAAGCUUCUGGAUUGGAGAGAGUGCGCAAAAUUCAAGUUUGGAAAGCAAGCUUAAACACCACCAGCACGUAAGCAGAGUGCAUAUAUUUUUCUUAAUGACAGUGAAAAUUCUUCUUUCAUGGUUUUAGAUGAUCCAAGUGACCUCUGUUUCGGGACCUGUGUUGGUUGGUACUGUGACGAAAAGUCUAAAUGGCUAAUGCCUUAAGACAACGACCCUUGAGUAACUGUCAAAGAGUGAAACAUCGAAGGAUGAAAGCCUACGAUUAAUGAAGAUAAUUUGGAAACGCUACCUUUGCAUCUUGUGACUCAUAUCCUUGAAAUACUCAAACUUGCUAUGUUAACUACACCCUUGAAACAUCUCGCUUGAUCAAUCUUGAAAAGAUUGAAUUCCAUUCUUUGUAUCAAAAUACUAAAACCACGAUUCUUCAUGCUUUAUGAUACCGAUCUUCAAAAACUAUACUCUGUGAACUACGUGAGGAGUUCAGUGGUGUUGUCAUUUUGGCGUGAAGUCGCCGGAACUAAGAGUAAUCCUCAUUGGAAGCUUCGCCAGAAAAUUCUCAAAACCUCCGUUAAGCUUCGAGGUAAGUCUGUAGAUAUAUCUAGUGACUAGAAUGUUCAUAUAGAUCUAGUCUACGUUCAUAAACAGGCGUUUGGUUGAGUUUUGUGUUUGACAUGCUUGAAAAACCAAGAAUCAUAAACAAUGAAAUUGUUGUUAAAACUAUGAAUUAAUGAUACCAAAAUGAUCUAUGAACCUUGGAGAACAUCUCUAUAUAGUUUAAUUGAAGUUCGGUGACUAAAAAUGGUUUUUCCAAAAAAUUGACCAAAGGUUGAAGAAGAUGAACAGUGGCUGAAAAUCAACAGGGUGGAUCGAUGCACUCCAUUGGAUCGAUCCCCCAAAAUUGUGCUCCUAAAAUCUUUCUGAAAAUGUUAUUUUUGAUACCAAUUGAUUAUGAAUGAUUAUUAUGAUGAUUAUGAUUUGAUGAACCCAUUGAUUAAAAUGAUUAUUAAUGAUUGAACCAUGAUUAAAAUGAAUACAUUGAUGAUUAUGAAAUCAUUUGUAUUGUUAAGGAUAUCUAGAAGAACUCUAGGAUAUAUUAUUUGGAAAUUAAUGAUGACUAUUAAGGAUAUCUAGAAGAAGUCAAAGAUAUAUCCAUAUUGAUGUUGAUUUCUAAUACUAUCUAGAAGAUCUCUAAGAUAGUUUAGAAAUAGGCUUUGCGGGUAUAACUAUAUAUUCGGUGGCCUAGGUAAAAACGUAUGUACGGGAUCCACAAACCAAACUUGAGGAUCACUCGUUUGGGGAUACCACGUAAGUGUUCUUUCUCUGCGAUGUAAUGGGGAACGUGAGCAGAUUGAUCGAUCAACGGAAUGUUUUUUUUGUUGAUUUUGUGGUAUUGGGUUUGGCUUGCAGGAAAGUGACGAUGAGAGAUUUCAGCACCGCGAUUCUGGAGAGGAAGAAGUCGCCUAAUCGGCUGGUUGUGGAUGAGGCGAUCAGCGAUGACAACUCCGCGGUGGCUCUUCACCCUAACACCAUGGAGAAGCUCCGCGAUACUAUUAUGAUCAAGGAUUUGGUUGUAGAUCCAUUCCAAUUGUUGUAGAUCAAUUGUACUCCAUGAAUCCAUUCCAAUUGUUGUAGAUUCAAGAUUCCGGGUUUGGGAGCAUUCAAAAAAUAAUCAGGAUUUGGUUGGGUACUAGUGAAUUCGGUGUGAAAAUAUUCGUUUUAGUGUGCAAAAGUUUAGGGUUUUUAGAAAAAAAUUCAUGGGGGUUUGGAAUCUGAUGGCAAGUUAUAUAUACUCUCUCUCCAUUCAUAUUUAGGUGAUCAUUAUGACCUGUGUGAUGCAUAAAAAAGAAUGCAGACAUGAUUUAUCUUCAUAUUAAUUCGGCUUUUAAUGAAUCACAAAAAUUGAUUAUGGUCACAGAAGUUGUUUUAAACUUUUGAGAAUCCUCACAUAGGUUCUAGGACUCCUAGUGUCUGUUUAAAGAGUUGAGUCUUGCAACACAUCUUCUUUGUUUCCUUUUAGUGUUAAUUGUUCUUGCCCUUGGCAGAGAGGAUCUCCGGUAGGAAACCCGGGUGGGGUUGCAGACAAGGUUUUGAAUCGACUCCUCACUGAAAUGGACAAAAUGAAUGCGAAGAAGACAGAUUGAAAUGGUAAUGAAUGCGCUUGCAAAUAUGCCAUGGGAGAGGACUUUGAAAAGAGGAGCGUGGAUUUCACCACUCUGUAGUUUCCGGCUACAAUACUAAUAUGCACAAGUUGUCCUUGAAACCAUCAAAGAAAGAAUUAGCUGAUUUCCAGCCUCGAGACUCCUCGUUCUUCAAAGGUUUAAGAGUAAACGAAAAUGAUCACGGGAAGCAAAUGUCACACAAAGAAAAUCCGUUCAGUUUAAUUCUCCCCAGAUAUGUAAGUUUAGUUUGUGAAACCGAAAUGCAUUACGCGACUGAGAAUCUUGAAAGCUCUUAUGAAUGGCUACAAUCUGGAAUGAUUCUCUUGAAGAAUUAUGUCAGCAUAAGUGAGCAGGUUGAAAUAGUGAAGACGUGCGAAGCGCUUGGAGGUUUUUACCAGCCUGGUUACAGAAAUGGAGGUAAACUCAAACUACACAUGAUGUGCCUCGGUAGAGCCUGGGACCCGCAAACGGGAUACAACAAAAUUGAUGGUUCUAGGGCACUGCCCGCAAUUCCUGAUAAACUUACCUCACUGGUGAAAAGGGCACUUCAAGAUUCUCAAGCCAUUUUAGAAUUGGAGGACAAACUUCCUUCGAUGUCCCCAGAUAUAUGUAUAGUCAAUUUCUAUUCAACCGCAGGCGGACUUGGUCUUCAUCAGGUUAGUUAGUUAGUUACUUAGUUUAUCUAAGUGGACUAAAAUGUCCUCACGCCGCGAAAGAAUUUAUAAUCAUUUGAAGAACUAUACACAGGAUCGUGAUGAGAGCAUUGAGAGUCUGAGGAGAGGGCUGCCUGUGGUUUCCAUCUCCAUUGGCGAUGCAGCAGAGUUUUUAUACGGGGAUAAGAGGGACUUGAAGAAGGCAAAGAAAGUGGUGUUAAGAUCAGGAGACGUGUUGAUAUUUGGCGGGAAGUCUAGGCUUGUUUUUCACGGGGUAAAGUCCAUCAUCCCGAGUUCGGCUCCUUUGGCAUUGGUAAAAGAAUGUAUGCUGCGCCCAGGACGCCUUAACCUUACUGUCAGACAGUUUUGAUGUUACUUUCAGAGCUAGAUUGCCUUCUAUAGUAUGUCACAUGUAUUCUUUGCAAAAAAAUAUCACAUGUAUUU